CACCGCCCGCGCCCCCGCCAUGGAGCGCAUCCCCAGCGCGCAGCCCCCGCCCGCCUGCCUGGGCAAACUGCCCGCCCUGGACGGCGCGGACCUGCCGGGGCUGGACUUCGCGCACAUGUACCAGGUGUACAAGCCCCGGAGGGGGCUGAAGAGGAGCGAGGACAACAAGGAGACCUACAAGCUGCCGCACAGGCUGAUCGAGAAGAAGAGGCGCGACAGGAUCAACGAGUGCAUCGCGCAGCUGAAGGACCUGCUGCCCGAGCACCUCAAGCUCACGACCUUAGGUCACCUGGAGAAGGCUGUGGUGCUGGAGCUCACCUUGAAGCACGUGAAGGCACUGACCAACCUCAUGGAGCAGCAGCAGCAGAAGAUCAUUGCUCUGCAGAACGGUUUGCAGGCAGGUGACCUGUCAUCGAGAAACCUCGAUUCCAGCCAGGAAAUGUUUCGAUCGGGUUUCCAGAUGUGUGCCAAGGAGAUGCUGCAAUACCUGGCGAAGCACGAGAACGGCAAGGAGCUGAAGUCGUCGCAGCUGGUCAGCCACCUGCACCGCAUGGCCAGCGAGGUGCUGCAGGGCGGGGCCGCCCGCAAGCCCGGGGACAUCCCCCCCAAAAUGGUGGACCUGAAGGAGAAGGCCGUGCCCUUGAGCGCGGCGGGCGAGGGCCACGGGAAGAACUGCGUGCCCGUGAUCCAGCGGACAUUCGCUCACUCCAGCGGGGAGCAGAGCGGCAGCGACACGGACACGGACAGCGGGUACGGGGGGGAGCUGGAGAAAAGUGACUCCAAACCCGAGCAGCCCUAUUUCAAAAAGGAUACCGACCUCAAGUACGCCAUGCAGGAGAGAAUAAGCUCUAUUAAGCAAGAGACUGAGGACCCGCCGGCCAAAAGGAGCAGGCUGGAGUCGCCGGAGGACGAGGGCCCUUUUGGCAGCGACAUGAUGGGCUCUUCCAGCAGCUUCCUGGGCCCCCACGCUCACCAGCCUCCCCUGUGCCUGCCUUUCUACCUGAUCCCGCCGUCCGCCACCGCCUACCUGCCCAUGCUGGAGAAGUGCUGGUACCCGGCCUCGGUGCCCGUGCUGUACCCCAGCCUCCCGGCCUCUGCCGCGGCACUCACGGGCUUCAUGAGCCCCGACAAAAUCUCCCCCCCUCUGCUGAUGCCCCAGAGACUCCCUUCUCCUGUCCCGGCCCAUUCCCCCAUCGACUCCUCGGCUCUGCUGCAAGCUUUGAAGCAGAUUCCUCCUUUGAACUUGGAAACCAAAGACUAAGCACAGUGUGACUGGUUUUUUUUUUUGUUUUUUUUUUUUAGUUUGAGACUGUUUCCCUUUUCUAUAUUGGCUGGACUGAGGUGUGGGGAUAAGGUUCACUGCACAUAGGAAGCUAAAUCCCCUUUUCUCUGACUUGUCAGGUAGCUUGGAGAAGGAUGAAGGAUGUGCCCAGCUCCGCGAUUCACAACUUCUUCCAAAAGAUUAAAAAGUAAAAAGAAGGGGGUUGUGCUUUACCCCUUCCCUUCUUCCCUCUCCACAUCUACAGAGCAACAGUUGACUCGGUCAGCUGCGACUGUACUGCAAAGCUGUGAAAAAAUAUUCCAUUGGGCAGACUUGGUUUGAGGGUCUGCACAUCCAGAACACCUGGACGUGAAACACGGUACUUCCCUGAACGGCUCCCAAGGCAACGGCUCCCUGUCCAGCUCCAGCUGGACUGGUGGGUGCUCCACUGGUCACCAGUGUCUGAGUGACCCCAGGCGUGGUGUGGUGGUGGUGGCAGUGCCACCAGGAGUGUAGGAGGAGCAGGGCAGUGGUCACUGUGGUGGUGGCAAUGCCACCAGGAGGAGCAGGGCAGUGGUCACUGCUUGGUCAUGCAGGGUCAGGUAGACCUAAGACGGGUUUCUCUCCACACCUUCGCUGAUGCAUUUAUCUGUUUUUCAGAAAUAAAAGGUAGCUGCUGCUUGGAGCUUUCCAUGGCGUACAUCUAAUAAAUCAAUUAACCUGCGCCCCUUCCUGUAACUUGAGCUGCUACUUUGGGCCGGGUUGGGGAGGAAAUAUCCCAUGGAUCACUUGGCUUGUUGCACCUGACUCCGGCCUCUCCCGCUGCUGCUGUACAGUCUCACCGGGUCUGUCGGGAAUCAUGAGGUUUUCCCGGCCCAGCUGCUCCCGGCCGGGCCAGGGGGGAGCUCGGUGCCAGAGGGAGCAGUUCAGGCAGAGUGGGCAGCACAAUCCCUGCUGAAUGUGCCCCUGUCAGUGCCUUUGGAAAAGGAAAAGGCUGGGAUUUUCAGAGGAGUCCGAUCCCGGCGGGGUUUGAGCAUCCGAAUUCCUCAGUCUCCUUGGCAAACCCUGGCUCACAUCCCUGUGUUAGAGAGAGAGAGGGGUUGGCUGGUGACACUGUUAAACUGCAAGGGGCUUUCUCUGCAGAGGAACAUCAUCUCCCAUUUAGCCUUUUUUUUAAGGAAAAAACCCCCAAACCUCCCUGCAAAAGGCAGUGCUCUUUGGUGGUUUUUUUUCUGACUGGUUUUGAGAACUGGUGACCAGAACCCCGUUGUCUGGAUCCUCCUGUCGCCCUCCCAUUGCACCAGCUGUUGAGAUGCACUAUGCUUGAUUGCAGAUUGUGUUCUAACGUUUAUUUUGUUGUUGGUUUUUUGGUUUUUUUGGUAAACAGUUGUUGCCUUUAUUUGUAAAAUCCUGUUAUAAAUAUAUAUAUAUUAUAUAAAUAUAUUAAAAGGUAAAACGUUUCAGAUGUCUAUUAUUUGUAUAACUACUUGAGCAUAAAGAAGUGAGAAAUAUGAAUGUAUUCUUGUUUCUGGGUUGUCUUUUUUUUUUUUUUUGAAGAGAAGAAUAUUCCGUUUUUCUCUCGGGAGAGGUACAGUGUUUAUAUUUUGGAGUCGCCUUCAAGGUGGGAUAUUGUACAUAUUUUUAUCUUGAGUAAAUGUUAAGUAGUUGUUUAAAAAUGCUUAAUAAAAUAAUUCUUUUCCUGUGGAAGAUAA